AUGUCAGGGAGCAACCAGCGACAGGACCUGGUGCUCAUUAAAAAACUGGAGCUCAUCUUGGAUUCCUGCACACUGGAGCUCACACCAGUGAAUGAAGUCUGGCCCAACCUGUACAUAGGAAACGUAGCUGUAGCACAAAAUAAAAAGACAUUAUGUAAGCUUGGCAUCACUCAUGUCCUGAAUGCAGCUCACUCCAAACAGGGUAGCAUCGGUGAGCAGAGUUUUUAUGGGGACACCUGUGUUUACUGCGGCAUACCAGCAGAAGAUUCAGACCACUUUGACCUCAGUCAGCACUUUAAACCUGCAGCUGACUUCAUACAUAAAGCCUUAAAGAGAAAAGACGGUAAAGUGCUGGUGCACUGCAUCAUGGGCGUCAGUCGAUCGUCCACUUUGGUGCUGGCAUAUUUGAUGUUGCGACAGCAUUUCUCUCUCGCUGACGCUCUGAGGCAUGUCGCCCAAAAAAGAGCCAUUUACCCUAACCGGAACUUCCUGUCACUCCUCCACAAGCUUGAUGAACAGCUGACAUUUAAACGGAGGUUGUGUCCUCUCCUCUGA